AUGAAAAUUUCGAAAUAUUUGUAUGUGAUCGGCGGAUGCGCUUUGAGCACCGAACGACAACCGAUUGAUUCUAUUGAGCGCAUUUCAAUUACUGAUGGUGGAGAGCAAAAAAUGUGAGUUUUCCUCGAAUAAGAUUAAGAAUAUAUGAAAAUCCUUUUAUUCAGAAAUAUCGAAUCCAAAAUAUGCGGCCAAUUAUCGCAUGCAAAACGUUCUCCAAGUGUUUUUGUCAAAGACGAGAACACAAUUAUAAUUGCUGGCGGAUGUCUUGGUCCCAACAAUCAUUCAAACGAAAUCGAGAUUCUCCAAAAAUCUCAAGAUUCCUCAUGGACUUCUCAAAUUUCCGGAAAUUCGAAAUGUGAAGUGGGACACAGCUGCGCGGCAUUUCACUCAAAGUCUGUUCGUUUUUCGAUUUUUUCCCAAUGUGAACGAAAAAUCUCAAUGUUUUUUUAUAGAAAACCCCUGUAAUUUUCGGUGGUUUUGAAGCGCAUAAUUGUCUGGAAUCUGUUCAAGUGCAAAAUGAAGCGGGAGAUUUUCGAAAAAUCAAAGGAUUUCUUCCAAAACUCAAAAAUUCCGUGGCGCUUGAAAUUAGAGACGAAUUUUUGUUGUUUGGAGGAUAUCAAGAUGAAAAAGAAACCACUGCAGCUAUUAGAAGGUAAACACUUUUUUAUUAAAAUAUUGCACGCAACGCAGACCGCGCCGCGCUAUAACACACAAAUAAGGAAACGUUUCAAAUUCCCUGCUUUUUUUGUGUGUGCUGUGCGACGCGGUCUGCGUUGCGUGUUUAUUUCGGUGGAGCGCGUGGUACCGAUUAGAUUUUCGAUAAUAAAUUAUUAAUAAUUCAAAUUUUUGUCAGAAUCAAGUUCAAUCCCUCUUUCACCGAAUAUUCCAUCGAAUUCGAUGGUCUUCUUCCAUAUCCAGUCGAAGGUCAUAGUUUGGCAGAAAAUGAUGAAUAUAUCUAUUUAAUCGGUGGAUUUGAUGGUUGUUUCGUAAUCCCCUCAAUAAUUCGAUACUCCCUGAAAACUAAGAAAUCCGAAAUCCUCGAUACUAAAUUAUCAGAAAAGCGAGAAAAUCAUGUGUCUGGAAUUGUCGGCGGGAAAUAUUUGAUUGUUGCUGGCGGUUGGGAUUCGAAAAAAGCGUUGGAUUCUAUUGAAGUCUUCGAAGUUUUGGAUUCUGGAGAUUUGAGGAAAAUUGGCGAAGGGAAGUUGGAAACUCCACGAAAUCGCCCCUCAAGUGUGUGCCUUUAA